AUGUCGAAAUUUCCGCCAACAACACGAUCUCAGACCACCAAAUCGGAUACCUCGCUAUUGGCUAGAGACGAAGAUCUACCAGCGUCAGGAAUUAUGCUGUCGGAAUAUAAUUUAGACGGAAGUACCUCUUUGUUUCAGCCAGAGAUGGAUCAAAAGCUUCCGCGCCCCUUGCAGCAGGCAUGGAGACGCUUUGAAGUUGUUAGCGUUACCCAAGAUGCGUGGUGGUUGUAUGCAUACUCAACAGCGUUGACUGGCGCGGAUGGAGCCGCGUAUGCUGCAGCACUGCAAAAGGCCAUCAACAAAAGCGAUUUGAAUGAAACCAUGAUUGAAGUAUUGCAAGGCAAUAUGAUUAUGAAUGUGAUCUCAGUGAUAAAAAGAGCAGGAAUAAGGUAUAGUCUACAGCCAGAGACAUUCACUGCCUUAAUAUACCUUUUGCCUACCUGCCACAUCCUAUCCUUGAAGUUUAAUCAGGGCUGGGUUUCUGCCGAAGUCCUCGUACGGUUUAACUUCGUGUAG